AUGUCCUCUCCCCUCUACACCAAGUCUUGGGCUCCGGCCAACAAGACUGUCAUCGAUAUCGGUGGCUCUAAGCUCGACACUACCUUCGAUCACCAACUGCCCGACGCUUUCAAGGGUAUGGGCUACUUCCCGAAGGAGGUAGCCUAUACCACCGGGAUGAAAUAUUGGUGCGAGGUUGCUGAUACCUCGUAUCAGACAACGGAUGAGCUCGAAAUCAUCGAGUCCACUGCUUCCAACGUCGUCGCCGACAUGCCCCCUACCGGUGCCAUUAUCAUUGACCUUGGAGCCGCUAACUCCCGAAAGUUUGUGCCCUAUGUCCAGGCUUUCAUCGAGCAGGGCAAACCUUGCAUCUAUGUAGCCCUUGAUCUCUGCAAGGAGUCGCUCACCAAGCACGUCAAUAAGUCAGCUGCCGACUUCCCUCAGAUCACCUGUAUCGGCUUGUGGGGCAAUUUCAUCCAGGGCGACGAGUACUUCUCGACUCUCCCUAACCCCCGAAUCUUUUUGUCGCUUGGUUCGAUCUUCUUCAAUGCUCCCGACCAGAUGUGCAUUGAUCGUUGCAUGGAGUUCUCCAAGCACCUCUCCGGAUCUCCCUACUCGAAGCUCAUUGUCGGCCAAGAUGGCCCUUCCGGUACUGAGGCCUCGUCCACCCUUGCCGCCUACCAAACCAAGGCUUACGACGCCUUCUUCACGUCGUACCUUCAAGGCAUUCAGAACCACGCCGGUAUUGAUGCCGACCCCAACACCGCUUGGACCUACGAGUCCAAGCUCGACAACUCCAUGCACUACUUUGAAGUAGUUGCUCAGCGCGACAUGGUUUGUUGCCGCUACAACGACUUCUUUGUGAAGAAAAACACCGUCUACACCAUGUUUCCCUCUUGGAAGCGAGGCGAGUCUGAGAUCCACGAGAUCACCAAGGCCGAGGGUCUCGACAUCACCACUCUCGGCAAGGCUCCCAACUCUGGCAUGCGCCAGUACAUGAUCCAGCCUCACAUCUAA